CACACUUACACACUUACACACACACACACACACACAGUUUAGCGAUCGGUGUUUAGCAUUAGCUGUCCCGCGCGGAGAGUCUCCACUCUAAAUAACCGUCUGUAGAUGCUGCCAUGACAGCUCUCACCUCGAGGGAAGCACAAGUUGAAAAAGUUGUAUUUUGCUGCCGUGUGGGAUCGAAGUGAGCGAGGGGACGUUUGUGGACACCGACUGAGGGGAGCGGAGCGGAGCAGCACGUUAAGUUUACACCAAAAUGGCAACCCCCUAUGUUACAGAUGAGUCUGGGAAAUACAUUGCUUCCACUCAGCGACCUGAUGGAACAUGGAGGAAGCCAAGGCGGGUAAAGGAGGGUUAUGUCCCCCAGGAAGAAGUACCAGUCUAUGAAAACAAGUAUGUGAAGUUUUUCAAGAGCAAACCAGACCUGCCACCUGGGAUGAAUCCGUCCGAGUCAGCUCCGCCAAAGCAGCAGCAAAAGAUCCCCGGUUGCGGGGACAGUGAGACAGCCGGCCUCUCAAAGUCUGCCAAACGCAACAUGAAACGUAAAGAGAAGCGGAAACAGCAGCAGCACCAGGGCCAGGAUGGGGACGAGGAUGCGGAUGUGGACUUGGUGAGUGACGCUAUCGAGAAUGUGUCCAUUUCAGAGGGCGUUGAGUCUUCAAAUAAGAUGCCGGCGCCGGUUUCUGUCUCGUCUCCCGAUGACUCCUCAGCAGCAGCUGCUGAAAAGGCCAAGAAGAUCAAAAACCUGAAGAAGAAGCUGCGACAAGUUGAGGAUUUGCAGCAGAAAGUGGACUCAGGGGAAAUUAAAGAGCCAACAAAGGAUCAGUUGGAAAAGCUGGGCCGGGUACUGGCCUUACGAGAUGAGUUACAGCAGCUCGAGCGUGAUUCUUGAAGCAAUAAAGGAAAGCCGAAGAGUCAGACAGACUAAUCACACAAACUACAUACUGAAAGACAGGGAAGGGACCUUUGCAGCUUUGUGAUCAUGGCUUCCAUUAAACAUAUUCUACCUAUUUGAUAUUCAUUAUGAACUUCGGAAGUGAACACAGUCCCAAGGCCUUUCAAGCCGAGACUGACAGGAAGUCUACGUAGCAGGCACCCGAUCUUCAGAACUGACCAGCCUGUUUUCUAGAUUCAGAUCUCUAGAUAGUAUUAUGACUCCUGCUCAUACACGUGUAUUGGCCAGUCCACUCAUUUAUAAAUAUCUUUUAAAGACAUCAUUGUAAAUUGUUUUGUGCGUGUCUGUCCUCUCCAUUUUCUACUAUUCAUGGCAUCAGGUAUUACUGACACAUAAAAUGGAAAAAGUAUUUUCUGUUUAAGAAAAUAUAAUUUGUUGACCUGUCUGCUCUUAAGAAUUAACACCUUUUUGUCAAUGAUUGGAUGGCUUCUUGUAGCCACACUAAUGUUGAGUAACUGUCUCAUACAGUCAUUGCAUUAAUUAAAACUACAUGCUGUGUAAAA